AUGAAGUCAAUAAAGGUAUUGUACAGUGCCAUUAUUGGGUUUAUUGUAAUAAUCAAUGAGUUCUGCCUUGCAGCUGAUGAUGAUGCUGAUGGCGGUGCUGAUGGUGAUACCGGUGGUGAUGGUCCUGAAUUACCCAUUAAUAAUCCAAAUGUACGGAUAAGAACAGGGUGUAACUUCUACGAAAACGAGGCUUAUGGAGCAACGCCGUUCAGCCAAAUAAAGAGGGAGGGAGAACCGUGCACCAUAACACUUGAUCCGAGAGGAGAUACCUUCAUGUACGGUUGCGAUGGACCAUCAGACCCUGUGGAUUGCCCUUAUCAUGUUAAAGCCGACGGGGAGGAUAGGGACUUUUUAACGUUAUUCAAUACGUCCACUGUCACAAACAAGAUUAAUGAGUUUGAUGAGCAUCCUCAUGUAUAUCACAUUGUCACAGGGGCGUAUACAAACCCAUUUUCAGUAUCAUGUGUUUGUAACAAAGCGGAUGGAACCACUGAAACAAUGAUUGUGAAGUCAGGUUUUAAAAUGUAUGGAAUUAUUGGCUCAUUGCUUCUUGUAGCUGGCAUAAUGAUGAAUAUUUAAAGUGA